AUGAACGAUCAAUCACUCCAUCAUCAAAAACACGAUAGCUUAUCCGAUGAAGAGCGUAGUCUCUUUCGACAUGAGCAUAACGGAAAUACGGAAGCUAGUAGGGAUCAGGAACAAGAAGAGCAUCAAGAACCCUAUAAGCCGCCUACAUGGUCACGGCGUCAAAUCCUUAUGGCACAAGCAAGACAUCUUUUGACCCUUCUCGUCAUCGAUGUUGGAUUGCCCAUGGCCAUCUUUUACGUGUUUCGGAUAUUCACAACAGAAAUUGUCGCGUUGAUCUGCUCUGGUAUCCCCCCUUUGCUUCGUGUGGCGUACGUUUUGAUUCGCCGCCGCCGCAUUGACGUUCUCAGUAUGAUCUUUGUGCUUGCAUUUAUCAUUUCAGGUGCUUUAUCAGCGGUCACUGGUGAUGUACGCGUGGUGUUGUUGCGUGAAUCCUUUGUCACUCUCGUCAUUGGUCUUCUUUUCGUUGUGACAUUGAUUCCCCUCACCACCAAAUGGUUCAAAGUUUAUCCCAUGACCUUCCUUGUCAGCCGUGAAAUGUUUCUAGCAAGCCCACCUGUCACGUGGACCGAUGCUGCUGGUGAAAAGCAUAGUCGAAGCCGUGCUGACUGGUUAUACAAUGAGAUCAAGCCAUACAGAAUCUUCCACCUUUGCCUUACUGCCGGUUGGGGUGUAGGCCUGCUACUGGAGUUUGCGAUUAAAGCCAUCUUGAUCUUCACCGACGUCCCCACAACCCAAGUCGUCCUUUACGGAAACAUCGUUCUUAUCGUCAUCAUCGUGACUUUGACCAUCGCCAGCACACUCGUUGUCUUUCGAAUUCGGAAACGUAUGGAGCAACUCGAGCAUGAAUGGCUCGCUAUCAACGAUUACACCCCUAAAUCCAAUGACAACAACAAUCAACAAUAG